CACUGGAAGCUAAAUGAACCACUUUUUCAGAAACGGUGCUAUCUAUGUAAAUACUAAAUAAAAACUUUCAAGUUGACUAGUUCCAAUUCGUAAAACAUGACUGUUUGCUUUGUUCAUGGUUGUGAAACUUCUUCACAAAUUAAUCUUUAUAAGCUUUAUACAUUUCCAAAGUGUGAAGUAUUUUGUAAAAAUGGCUUUUGGCUUGUGGCCAAAGUGACAUGGGUGUUGAUAACUGUAAGAACUUCAGAAUUUGUGGUAAACACUUCAGUGCUAUGCAGUACAAAAGAGACUUCCGAUUUGAGCUUUGUAGCAUCAAACGAGGCAAAAACUACCGCGAUUUGAAAGAAGAUGCUAUUCCAGAUCAAUAUCUGCCACUGCCAGCCACAUUGCUAAAUGAUUCAACACAAUUUGAAGGCAGUGGUGUGCUGCAACAACUCUCCGAUGCUGCAGUCAGGAGUGGCAGAUGCCCUAAUUCAAGCCUCACUCAAGCGUCUCCUGGUGGCAACAAAGUAAAGUCUGAAGCCUUGGAAAAGAUUGACCCUCCACCAGUCCUCGAAGUUCCUGCUAUCUACAUCAAGGAGGAACCUGAGGAUGUAACUGAAGAAGGAUCCAUCAAAGAGGAGCCAUUCUUAUGUGGAAAUGAAUUAGGUGGAGUUGAUGAGCAAAAAAUGUUUAGCAAAGCAUUUGAAAUUCCUGCAGAGGUUUCCAAUAAAUGAACAGCAAGAUGCAAUUUCUGCAAUGAAAUCUCUAAAUUAAGCUUCAGGAGAUGCAUCGUAACCAAUUAUUUAGUCUGAAAAGUUGAGCAUAAAUAAUUAGGUAUGAAGAGCCCUCACCCUGACUCAAUAAUUGCUAAGAAGUUUUGGAAAAUUUGAUUUAUAAUUACUAGCAUUAGGAUUGUUAUUCUAAACCAAACCCAUGUUUUCGUCUCAUAGCUGUCUGUAGUCAAAUAACUAUGAUAUGUGAUUGCUUUUAUUUGCAGGAAAUGAAAAUGAAAUGUUGUUGCCUCUAUUGGCAGGAACCAUGCAAAUAUGUCCAAAUACAACGAAGAGAAAGAGGUGCCGAGAGCAUUCAUGUAUGGCAAUUGGAUCCAAUAAAAUCUUACUAAAAGUGUGCAUUUGCUUCUGAAAUUGCCACCCAUUCUUAGAUUUCCAUUUGAAUUUCAGAAGUGGCAAGAAAAACAUUUACUUAUAUCAUGAAGCAUCAAUAUGAGGAAACGUUUUGCGGCCAGUAAUUUUGAUCCAUUGACAUUCAAAUGCUGUUGAGGAAAUUCGAAACUUGCAGAGACUUCAAUGAGAAGUUGUACAUUAUAUCCCAUCUAAAGCUGCACAUAUCACUAUCUGCCACAUCAAUAUUGUCCUUUCCUUCUCACCAGACCUCUUCAAAUCGACAUCUUCCUAGUUUACCAUGCUAGACAAUCGAAAGUUGAGGCUCACAACACCCACCCAAACUCCUCACAAAACAUUUCAGCUCUUCUGAUGAAUCAGGUAUAUAUUCAUAAUUUUAGCUUCCACUAAUACACACUAUAAGUAAAAAUUUUGAAAAUUUUUCCCAGUUCUUCAAGAUUGCAAAUCGUUCAAUUUAUUGUGAUUAUUUGAGCAUAAAAUUAUGACUUAAUAGGUGCUGGUAGUGACGCUGGGAACAGAUGUCCUUUUCCCAAUGCAUUUAAUGCCGCUAGUGAAACAAUGAUUUCUAAUCUUCAAUAAUAAAUGACAAUGCCUCUCCCUUAAGCGAGGAUUAAAACAUAGAACAAAACAUUUUGUUCAGAAGGAAGAUGAAGGAAUGCACUUGAACCUGUUACAUUAAAUGUAACAUCCUUAUACACCUCAUGUAUCUGAGAUCACAUCCGAGAAUGGACAGAAUUGGUAAUAAUCAACACCACACAGCAUUGGACGAGUGGAAAAUGGAGUGCUUGGGUUCAUGGUAUGAGUUGAUGACGACUCUGGUGGCAUUGGUGGGGAGACUGUUGCUGGCCAGUCUAAGAGUAAUAGUGCUGGUCAUAUUUGGUAGCAUUGGCUGAAUGACAUACAGAUUGUCUUCCAAGUUGUAGAAUUUGUGGUUCUGUCGUGUGAUUUGUGGCAAGGGUGUUGCAGAUGGAGACACUGCAGUAGUACCGUCAAACGGGGUAAAAAGGGACGGUUUUGAGCGUUUUUGUU